AUGACUCAUGUAGAAAAGCGACAAACCCGCACGGGUAAAGAAACCAUACACUCAGGACACUUCAUGGUGUCACAUUUUGAAGCAGAAGAACAAGAUGAUUUUGAUGAUUUGGCUGUUCCCGUGCCCGACGAAGAACAAAUUAUUCAGAAAAAUUCAGUUAUUGCAACCUACACUGUACCUGGAUCAUCCAACACAUUUACUUUGUCCGAUAAAGAAGAAAGUAAACAACACCAACAACUUUCUAUAGAAAUAUCACUUACCAAGUUGUUUAAAUGUAUGUCCUUGGCGUAUAGACAAAAAUUAACUUCACCCAAAUGGAAUCGUUUCAAAGGUAUAAAACUCCGUUGGAAGGACAAAAUCAGACUAAACAAUGUUAUUUGGAGAUGCUGGCACAUGCAAUUUAUAAAAAAACAGAAUACUUUUGUGUGCCAGUUCGCUUCUCCAUUAGACGUUGACACGCACGUGAAACCAGAGACAACAAUUUUGGAAGGUAAAUAUUGGAAAAGAAGAGCAGAAGCAGUUAUAGCAGAAUAUAAAAAAUGGCGCAUGUUUCAUAUAAUGAGACUCCUUGGCAAGGGGGACACCUCUGUGCAGGAUACGAUGUCAGAUAUGGACACGGUGGAGUCAUUCUCGCAGUGCAGCGAUUUGGCGGGAAAUAUGCUCACCGACGAGGACUACCUUAACUUCAUGAGCGACACCCUAUUUUCGACCAUCACAAGCCAUCAACCGUUCGCCUUCCCUGAUUGCAGGGAGAUUGCCAGAGGAGCUGGUCUAGCUGAUUUCAUUCAACCAAGCUUGGGUCCUUUGCAGCCUAAUCUUGAUGAUUUUAUGGACACAUUAGAACCCCUCCAAGAUCUUCUGUCGACGCCUCGUCUGCCUCCAGUGCCUGAAGAGACGACGAUUCCUUCGGACGACGCGUUAUAUAGGAGUGGAAUGUCGGUAGAUUCUUAUAAUCCACAGGGUUAUAUUGCAGAGAGUGCAAAUACUUCUACAGCCACAAUGCCCACCAGUCAGAUGACCAUUCAUGGUACGAGUAACAAUACUCAGUUAACGUCGAUGCCUGAACAAGGAAAAGGCGAGGAGAUGCGGAUGUACGAUAACGGCAGACUAUUUACACAGUCGGAUCUACAGAACAACAUUUUGACUACGCAGGAGAUGCUUCCGACAUUCCCGCCCACCUCGUACGAACAGCAAACUGUUUCACAACCCGAGCCUCAAAUCCACAACAACGUUUACGUUGUGAAGUCACCUAGAGUUCAAUAUGUAAAUGCUCAGAAGAUUUCAACGCAACCGGAAUCUUGUUAUACUAAGUACAAUCAAGGUCUUCCGCCAUCACAAACAGCGCCAGAAACGGUUUCUCUACUGCAACAACCGGUGCAGCAUACUAAAUACGCUUCGACCAUAGUGAUUCAAGGUCGAAGUGGGUAUAAUAGAGAGAAGCCGCGGACGAGAGUAAAUCAUUACACGAAUCAGAUGCCAAAUAAUCAGUACCAGACUUACUCUCCGCCUAUACAGGCCCAACCGACGCAGCAUGUUUCGCCCCAGAGCUUCGAGACUCGACCUGGCGCCGGACGGCAAUCUUCGCCACAGAUGCAGUACUUACAGCCGAACCCUGUAGACUCGUACCAGACUAAACCGGUUCCGGUUUCGGUGAACGCUCGUUCCUUCAAAUUGCCUUCACCUCCUUUAGUGCCUGCCCCGUCGCAACAGGUACCGGCAAACAGUUCUAGUUCUUCGACUCUGCGCAACAAGGAGCAUUUCCGCUCGCACAGCUUGCCACUGGGUGCACAGUUGAGCGCGGACUGGCUGAUCAGUGUGGGCGCACCCUCAAGCACGCCUACUGCUGCCACAGCGCCCGCGCCAGUGCUCGUCACGCCACCAGACGCAACUCCAGUGAAACACACGCCAAGGGCGCGCGAGUCGUCCGGUGCGCUGCGGCUGCGCUCGCGCUCGACGUCGGGCGGGCAGGGCGAGCCGCGCCGCCCGCCGCCGCUCAACAGCGUCGCCUCCGAGCCCGCGCUGCCGCAGGCCAGCGUCAUGCUCGCGCAUCUGCUCUCCGCGCACCACUCUCAAAGCUUAUAUAAAAUUAAAAGCAAUGACGAAAACGCUGGAGGCACGGAUCCCACGAAAUCACCAGUUAUGAGGAGCCAGCCGUCACCAAUUGAAAACGAAGUAAUGUCUCCGCAUCAGUCGCUGUCGCCGCCCACGUCGCCGAGCUCGCCACGGGCUGGGUCCCCGCGGGAGACCCGUCGCUCGCACUUGCACACCGAGCAGAAACGCCGCUACAACAUCAAGAACGGCUUCGACACGCUGCAGACGCUAAUACCGCACCUGAACACCAACCCCGCCGCCAAGAUAAGUAAAGCAGCGAUGUUACAGAAAGGAGCGGAGUAUAUUAAACAGUUGAAAGCGGAGAGAAAUCAAAUUAAAGAGGAAAUGGAGAGCUUGAGGCAACAAAUAGAAUGUUUAAAUAAUUCAAUUUCCAACUGCCACGCGCUGCUGCCGGCGACGGGAGCGCCGGUGUCGCGAGCGCGUGCCGGCCGCCUGCGCGAGAUGUUCGCGCGCCACGUCGCCACGCGCACCAUGCACAACUGGAAGUAUUGGCUCUUUAGUGUGGUGAGCGCGGCGUUGGUAGAGUCGUUUAGCGCGUGCGUGUCGUGCGGCAGUAGCGCUGAUCUCGUGCGCACUACAUUGUUGUGGGCUGAACAGCACUGCUCCCUAGUCGAAAUGCGACCAGCGGUGCUGAAUUCAUUGCGAGUGCUGUGCACGACGACGGACAUCCUGACGAGUCCCGAGCGGCUGCCGGACGAGGCGCGCGCCGCGGCUGCCGCGGGCGCCGGCGUGAAACCCGAGCCCACCUAA